AUGGCCAAUGCCGAUGGGCUUUCAAGGUUACCAUGCCAAAAUGAGAAGCCGGGACCGGAAAACACAGUUGCGUUUUUCUCCAUAGCAAACGAACUACCGGUUACUGCCAAAGAAAUUAGUACAGCAACUCGUUACGACCCGAUCUUGUCAAAGGUUCUUGAUUUUACGAUCCAUGGAUGGCCAGAAUACGUAAGCAACGAACUUCUGAAACCGUAUGUUGUGAGGAGCCAUGAAUUGUCCGUGGAUGGAGAUUGUGUUUUGUGGGGGAGGAGAGUUAUUAUCCCGGAACCGUACCGGAAAGAAAUCUUGUUUUUGCUACACAAAGAGCACCCUGGAGGCUCAAGAAUGAAAAACCUGGCACGUGGGUAUGUAUGGUGGCCGAAAAUGGACUCGGAUAUUGAAGAGCUGGUUAAAGGCUGUGGGAUUUGCCAAUCAACUCGCAACGCUUUGCCCCUUGCCCAAUUACAGCGCUGGUCUUGGCCUAACCAGCCCUGGCAGAGAGUCCAUGUGGAUUUUGCGUCUUUCCAUAACAAGGAAUUCCUAAUUCUGGUGGACAGUUACUCUAAGUGGCUGGAAGUGUUUCAAAUGCAAACGACAACAUCGGCAAAGACAAUUGAAAGAUUGAGAUCUUGUUUUGCGGUAUUCGGACUGCCUUGUACUCUGGUGAGUGAUGGAGGACCUCAAUUGAGAUCCCAGGAAUUUGAAGAAUUCUUAAAGGCAAAUGGCAUUUUGCAUGUAGUUAGUCCGCCUUAUCAUCCGGCUAGUAACGGCCUCGCUGAGCGUGCUGUCCAAACUACUAAGAACACCUUUUUGAGACAAAUGCUGCAAGAUGAAAUGUCUAAAUCUAACAGGUCCGUUCAACAUCGCAUUGAUAGUUUUUUAUUUGUGUAUAGAAAUACACCACAUACAGCAACCGGUUGUUCCCCAGCAGAAAUGUUUUUCAAAUUCAAGCCUAGGACUCAUCUUUGUUUGUUAAAGCCACAUUUGGAAGCUAAGGUCAACGAAAAUCAAGAACGUAUCAUUCAGACAAGGAACAAGGGGGUAACUCCCAGGAACUUUGAUGUGGGACAAAAGGUAUUCGUAAAAAGCGUCAGGAAUGAAAGGUUAAGCUGGCUGCCUGGUAUUGUUGCAAAAAUUGUAAGUCCCAUGACCUAUUUAGUGAAGACCGAGGGCCGUACAAGAUUUGUUCAUGCCGACCACUUACGUGAGAACCAUGUGGUGUCAGAGGAUGAAGAGGAUACAAUAAUUCCAUGCCCAAUACCAACUACGCAAAUUAUUAAAUCACCCCCUGCAAGGCUGGAUGUAGGAAUUCCUGUACCUAGUACUCAGCCAGAGACAUCUGAUGUGCAAGAAAGUGUAUCCCCAUCCAACGAAGUCAAGAAUAAAAGUCCAGGCCCGCAUAAGAGUCCUAAGGUGCUUUUGCGUCGAUCUCAAAGAGAGCGGCGAGCGCCUACAAAAUUAGAUUGGUAA